AUGGAUUCAGGGAGAGGUGAUGCCGGCAUGGGGUUUGUGGAGGCGGAGGAUUUCGGGCAGCACGUGGACUUGACGCAGCGGAUUCGCGAAGUGCUCGCGAAUUACCCCGAGGGUACCACGAUUCUUAAGGAGCUGAUUCAAAACGCCGACGACGCUGGCGCUUCCAAGGUGUCCUUCUGUCUGGACCAUCGCACGCACGGCACGGCGUCGCUCGCCUCCGCGCCUCUCGCCCAGUUCCAGGGCGCUGCGCUGCUCGUGCACAACGGCGCUGUUUUUUCAGAUGAGGAUUUUGCAAGCAUCUCACGGUCUAUCAUCUCAUGGACCUCCCUUCCUUCGUCAACCGUCAGUUUGUCACCUUCCCUCCCUCCCUCCUCCCACUCCCCAUUGUUCCCCCUUCCUCUUCACCCCCCUCCCCACCCCUCAUCGCUUCCCCCUCACAGCAUCGGAUUCAACUCAGUCUAUCAUCUCACGGACCUCCCCUCUUUUGUCAGCCGUCAGUUCGUCACUUUCUUCGACCCGCACUGCGCCUACCUGCCCCGCGUCUCCGCAGCCAAUCCGGGCAAGAGAAUAGAUUUCGUCGCUGCCCGAGCGGCGAUGGCAGCGCAGCGGGACCAGUUCUCCCCGUACUGUGCAUUUGGGUGCGACAUGCUGAGACCGUUUGCAGGGACGCUGUUCCGGUUUCCGCUGCGAACGGAGGAGCAGGCUGGAAAGAGCAAGCUGUCACGGCAGGCGUACAAUGCAGCUGACAUGGCGGCUCUGUUGAGGGAGUUUGAGUUCCCGCUCGCGGGAGGGACGGAGGAGGAGGCGCUCGCGGGUGAGCAAGCUGUCAAGGCAGGCGCCGAGGCGGUCUCCUCUUUGCUCUUCCUCAAGCACGUGGAGCGAGUGGACGUGUUGGAGUGGCAUCAGGGCGCCACCGCCCCGGUGCCUCUCUUCUCCUGCCGCAUCUCCUCCCCCGACUCCCCCCUCCGCUUCCACCGCCAAGCCUUCUCCCGCCUCGCCCGCCCUGCUGCCGCUGCUGGUGCUGCUGCCGGCGCUGCUGCUGCCGGUGCCGCGGUUGGAGGUCGGGCUUCAGGAGGUGGAGGGGGAGCAGGGGCAGGGGUGGUUGCGAGUGAGAAGGACAGCACGGAUUUCUACGAGAUUGGGUUUGUCAGCGAGUCGUUUUCCCCAGGAAGCGCAUCUGAAACUGUUGGGGGGACUAAGGAGGCGGCUGGGGUGGGUGAGAAGGGGAGAGGGAGGAGGGAGGAGCGGUACUUUGUGUCGCAGAGGAUGGGAGGGGCGCUGGGAACGGUGGGGCGCAUGGCAAGGCGAGCAGCGGAGGAGUAUGAUAUUCACCUGGUGCCGUGGGCGUCUGUGGCUGCUAGAGUGGGCUGUGAAGGAGACACACCAGACGCACCGGGCGCCUCUUUCCAGGGCCGGGCCUUCUGCUUCCUGCCUCUCCCAGUGCGCCCCAACCUCCCAGUGCACAUCAACGGUUACUUUGAGCUCUCCUCCAACCGCCGAGACAUCUGGUUCGGCGAGGAUAUGGACAGAGCUGGCCGCCUCCGCUCCCAGUGGAACGCCGCCCUGCUGCAGCUCGUUGCCGCCCCGGCCGAUGAGGAAUUCCGCGAUCCGGAUGGCUUGGAGCUAGCUCUGGUUCGGGAGGGCCUGCCGAUCGUCCGCGUCUCGCCGAACCUCCGGGAGAUGCUCUUCCGGUGGUCCGUUUCCAAGCCUAGAAUCACCAUCCCUAGUGUGUCCCUGCUCCCCCCCGACUGGUUCGGACAGGACGAGGUUCCCUGGUUCGGCAGCGUCUCCGAACCUGCUGGUUCGGGGAAGCGUGCGCUUUCAGCGGCUGUGGCGCCGCCGUCUGUCCGGUGGGUCGGGCUUCUUUGGCAGUAUCUGGCUGCCAGCUGUAAGGAUUUGACGGCGUUUUCCGGUUGGCCGCUGCUGCCGACGAAACAGAAGACACUGUGUGCGCUGGAGAAGGGACGGUCUAGAGUGAUUUUGGUUGAGGAGGAGGAGGGGGUGGAGGGGGUGGAGGGGGAGGGGAAGGAGAGAAAGGAAGAGGGCGAGGGGAAGGGACGGAUUUUGUCGGCAGGUGGCGGUUUUCAUGCAAUUUCGGGGUUGCUGGUGAGGCUGGGCUGCCGUAUUCUCUGGAGGAAACUCCCCUCUGGUGUGGCGGAGGUGGGGCAUGUGGGGGAGGGUGGGGAUGUGCAGGGGGAAGCUGUGAAUGGGGAGGCUCUGCAGGUGGCACAUCCGAAUCUGCAUGAGUUUGUGCGGGCAGCCACAGGGGCAGGUGUGUUGGACGCACUGCAGUCAGCAGCAGACUGGCAUGGUGUGCCCUUUGCUGUGCUCUUCCAGAUGGCUGAGACCGCUCUUGAUAAAGGUUCCCCCCCUGCUGCUGCUCCUGGUGCUGCUGGUGCCCGUGGUGGUGGUGGUGGUGCUGCUGGUGUGGCUGCCCCAGCUGGAGUGGAACCAGCGUUGCUAGGCGAGUCUUUCCUCUGCCCCUCAGACGACCGCGAGGCUGCAGUGCUCUCCCGUGCCCUCGCUAUUCCCACGCUUCCCCGCCCGGCGUUUUUCAAAAUGCAAGUGCUCGCUAGGGUCCAAUCGCUGCCGGCCGGGCUCCGAAACAGGACGAUGCUUGCCGUGCUGCAGGAGCUGCCGCAGCUGUGCACUGCGGAUCCGGGGUUGCGGGAUGUGGUGGCGAAUCUGGCGUUUGUGCCGGCGUGGGAUGGGAAGGGGGAUGGGCAGCAGCAGAAAUUGCAGCAGCAGGAGGAGGUGGAGGGAGGGGAAGCAGCAGGCGCAUCAGCAGCAGGACCAGCAGCAGGAGUGGCAGGAGCAGCAGAGACAGAUACUGACAUAGGAAAUGAGUCCCUUUGCCGCCCAGUGGAUCUGUACGAUUCUCGCAACCCAGAGCUCUGCCACUUGCUCCAAGGAAUGGCUGGCAACUGGUUCCCCGCCGCCCCGUUUUCGUCCUCUUCUGCCCUUGAGAUGCUACUCAGCGUGGGGCUCCGCACUGCGGUUACCACCGAAACGAUUCUUAGCUGCGCCCGGGCUGUGGAGAGCAUUGCCGCUACAGAUGCGGCUGUAGCGCGGGAGCGCGGGCGGGUUCUUUUGUCCUAUCUGGACGUGAACGCGGCAAGAUGGGUGCCUGUGGCGCAGGGGGGAAGCGCAGGGGCAGGAGGAGUAGGGGGGAGAAGGGGCAUGGGGGGCGGAGGCGGGGGAGGGGGCGGUGGAGGAGGGGCAGGGGGAGGUAUGUUUGCGCGUGUAUCGAGUCUGUUUCAGAGCAGUGAAGCAGCAGAGGAGGCUCAGCGCGCAGCAGCUGAAAUGGCCUCCUUUUGGAGUGAGCUGACCUCCAUCUCCUGGUGCCCUGUGCUUGUCCGCUCCCCUGCCCCACCCUUCCUGCCUUGGCCCGGGGGUGGGGACGCGAACACAAGUAGCGAAGACUCAUUAGGCGGAACGGGAGGUAAAGAGAAAGGACAAGAGAGAGCAGAUGAGUCUCGUCCUAGUCCCGUCGCUCCUCCUCGCAUCGUCCGCCCACAGAUCGACACCUGGCUCGCGUCAGCCAGCCUCCGGAUCCUGGACGGCGAGUGCCGCUCCACGCUGAUGUGGCGCCAGCUAGGAUGGGCGCGGCCGCUGACGGGGAGUGUGCUGGCGGCGCAGCUGCUGGAGCUGGGGCGUGUGUGUGGGGCGGAGGUGGCGGAUAGGGGCGCGGGGAAGGCCCUGGCAGGGGCAGUGCCGAGGAUAUACACGAUGCUGUCGGACAUGCUGGGGCAGGAGGAGAUGGAGGUGGUCAAGGCGAUUCUUGAGGUGAGUGCUUCGCAGGGGCAGGAGGAGGAGGAGAUGAAGGUGGUGAGAGCCAUUCUGUGGGUGUGGGUGGGAGACGGCUUCUGCUCCACCACAGAGUGCGCCUUCUCCGGUCCCAUCCACCUCGCGCCCUACCUCCGCAUCAUCCCGGCCGACCUUGCCGCCUUCCGAGACCUCCUGCUCGCCCUGAGGGGCUGCAGGUGGGUGUGGGUGGGAGACGGUUUCUGCUCCACCACAGAGUGCGCCUUCUCCGGUCCCAUCCACCUCGCGCCCUACCUGCGCAUCAUCCCCGCCGACCUCGCUGCCUUCCGAGACCUCCUGCUCGCCCUGGGGGUCCGCGAGUGCCUCUCGGGGAAUGAGUACGCCUCUGUGCUUGCGAGCAUCGCUAAAGACGCGCAAGGCCGCCCGCUCGCGCCGCGCCAGCUGGCGGCUGCUGUCUGGCUGGUGCAGCAUCUGGCGGAUCUGCAGUUUGAUUCCGGGGCGGCGGGCGGGGGAGGCGGGGGAGGAGCGGGCGGAGUGGGGGGUGGGGGAGGGGGAGGAGAAGGAGUGGGGGUUGUUGCGAGGGGAGGAGGGGGAGGGAGAGGAGGAGGCAUGGUGUAUGUGCCAGACGCACAGGGAAUUCUAGUGCAUGCCUGUGAGCUUGUGUAUAACGAUGCUCCCUGGUUACCCCAGUUCAUGCGCUCGACUCCCCACUCUCCUCCCUCCUCUCCUUCCGCCGCUCCUUCCGACGCUCCCUCCCCUCCCACUUCCACUCCCUCCUCUCACCAUGCCUCUGCGGCAAACCCAGGCUUCCCAAGCAGCCACGCAGGCUCGGCGGCACCGCCCGAGCCUACCCUCCAGGUUCGGUUCGUCCACGCCAAGAUCUCCAACGACGUGGCAGACAGGCUCGGCGUCCGAUCCUUGCGUCGCCAGCUCCUAUUGGACAGCGGAGCAGCAUCCAUGGCUCUCUCCCUCCACGCCUCUGCCUCCUCCCUCUUCUCCCCCACAUCCCUAGCUGCUUCUACCGGGGCUGCUUCUAACGGGGAUGGGGUGGAGGCGUUCGGGCAGCACGAGGCUUUAACCACUCGUUUAAAGCACAUUGUGGAGAUGUAUCCAGAGGGGCCGGGGGUGCUCUGCGAGUUGGUGCAAAAUGCGGAUGAUGCUGGGGCGAGGGAAGCGGCGUUUCUUCUGGAUCACUCCCGGUUCGGCGCUUCUUCGGUGCUCAGCCCGCGAAUGGCUGACUGGCAGGGGCCGUCUCUGUAUGCAUACAACGAUGCUGUGUUCUCGGAUCGCGAUUUGAUUUCGAUUUCGCGCAUCGGGCAGGAUAGCAAGCUGGAGAAGCCUAGUGCUAUUGGUCGGUUCGGGCUCGGUUUCAACUCAGUCUACCAUUUCACCGACGUCCCGGGGUUUGUUUCCGGGCAGAAUCUGGUGAUUUUCGACCCUCACGCGUCGAACCUGCCCGGAAUCACGCCCUCCCACCCGGGCCUGAAGAUCAGCUUCGUCGGCCGCGGCCUCCCGGACCAGUUCCCGGACCAGUUCCGCCCGUUCCUCCUCUUCGGGUGCGACCUGCAAUCCCCGUACCAUGGCACUCUGUUCCGGUUUCCACUUCGGUCCGAAGCUGCGGCGGGUCGGAGCGAGAUCAAGCACGAGCCGUGCAGCCCAGAGGAUAUCCGGCAGCUGUUCAAAUCCUUUCAGCGCUCGGCCACAGAAGCGCUGCUGUUUCUGAGAAACGUGGGGCGGAUUUCGGUUUUCGAGAGGAUAGAUGCCGGGAGUGAGCCGAAGCUGCUGUUUUGUGCACAGAGAGUAGUUGCUGGUGAGGGGGGGGCGUCAGGAAUGCCUUUUGUUUCAGCACUUCCGUCGCCAGGAAUGGGUCUGAGGGCCCUGGGGGAUUCGGCUGAUGGGGGCAGUUUGCAGCGAGCUAUUUUCGAUUUUGUUCGGGGCAGCCCGCAAAAUCCUCUGAAUAAGGACCAGUUUUACCACAAGCUGCAGCGGGCAGCUGAAGGGCAGCUGCCGAGGCAAUGCGGGCGGAUCUCGAUUUUAGUGACUGAUGGGGCGGGACACGUGGCGGCUUCUGAUUGGCUCGUGUCGAACGCGCUGGGCGGGGGGCAGGCAAGGGAGUGGGCUGUUGCAGUGGAGAACAGGCCGAGAGGGUUCCUGCCGUGGGCCGGCGUCGCUUGUCUUAUUCAGUGGGAAGAGGAGGGGAAUACCGGGCUGGUGAAUCUGAUGGGAGUGGGGGAGGAAUCGGAGGAAAGCAAAGAAGGGAAAGAGGAGGGUGGUAACCCACAAGAGGAGAAGCACCAAGUAGGUGGAGGAGUAGGAGGCAGGGCCGAUGAUACAGGUAAGGAAAGAACGAGGCUGCAAGGAAGGGCCUUUUGCUUUCUGCCUCUGCCCGUGAAAACAAACCUCCCAGUGCACGUCAACGGGUACUUUGAGCUCUCCUCCAACCGCCGAGACAUCUGGUUCGGCGACGACCUGGCAGGUGCGGGCAAGGUUCGGUCCGAGUGGAACCGGCGGCUCCUGGAGGACGUGGCAGCUCCGGCGUACGCUCGGAUGCUUGCCGAAGCUACCAAGCAGCUUGGGCACGGGCCUGCGUACCAUGCUCUCUGGCCCGGGGCAGGGGCAGGCUCGGGGUUGCGUUUGGGUGAGGAUUCUGGCUCGGGUGCGGUUCGGAGGCAGGUUCGGGGAGAGCUGGUGGAGCCUUGGGAAUCGCUGGCCAAUCGGGUUUAUGUGUGUGUGACUGAGCUCGAUCUGGGUGUUAUCUGGACAGGGGCAGCUGGGGGGAGGUGGAUUUCUCCAAAACGGGCAGUUUUUGCAGACACAAGCUACCCAAAAAUGGAAGAUCUUACAAAUAUUCUGGUCCGGGCAGGUCUCCCCUUGGCAGAUGCUCCGUACCCAGUGGUGGAAAGAUUUCGCUCGGCCUGCCCGCAGCUCAGGUUCCUGACUCCAGCGCUCCUCAGAAAGACUCUGAUUGGCUCGGGCAGGCAGAUUCUUUCGAGCUGCCCGGACGUGGGCCUGGCACUGAACUACUGCCUGAGUGACGUGGACGUGGAAGAAGCUGCUGAGAAGCUUCCAGGCCUCCCACUCAUUCCUCUGGCCAAUGGUACUGUAGGCGCGUUUUCCAAGAUUGACAGUGGCAGCAGCAGCGGCGGCGGCAGCAGGAGGGGUGGGUUGAUGAGUGGAGGUGUGAUGGGUGGGCAUUGGAGCGCUGGGAUGAUGAAACAGUGGGACCCUCGAGCCAGGGCCACCAGCAGCAGCAGCAGGGGGGCCUUUGGAACAGCAGGCAGUGGCACCAGUGGCGGCGCCGGCAGCUUUGGGGGAGGAGGGGCGGUGAGGCUGAUAGUGACUCGGAAUGAGGCGGAGUUUUCGCUGCUGCUCCCCAGUGCCGCCCACCUGCUGGUGCACCGACAGCUGGCAGCAGAGCAGGGCGAGGCGUGGGGGAAGCUGCAGGCCAUGGCCGGGUGGUGGGAGGAGGGGGAGGGGGACAGGGAGGGGGGUGGGGACGGGAUGGGUGCGGCGGGGAAUGCGAGUGGUGCUGGUGCUGGAGGGGGGAUGGACGUGGGAGAGGUUUUAGGGUUUUUGAACGAGACUCAGCAGCUGCAAACGCAGCAGAAGCAACAGGAGCAGCAGAGGCGUAGAGAAAGGGCGGGUGCAGGGGUGAAUCUGGCGGUGGUGUCGGUGCCAGUGCUGGCUGAGCUCAUGCCUCUGCUGCUGCCAGACCUGUCGCUCAUCGCUGAUUGGCCGCUCGUCCCAACCACCAAUGGGCAGCUGCGGCAGCUGCAGGCAGGGGGCCCGCUGCUGCGACCGGGGGGAGGGGACGGGUGGAGUGAGAGCAUGCUGUCUCUCUUUGCACGCCUGGGCGUGUAUGUGGUGCGCAGCGAUGUGAAUCUGGACCACCCGGGCUUGAGGGAGUAUCUUCACGACGCCUCGGCUGCUGGGAUUCUCGAUGCCAUUGCUGCUGCCGCCGCGAACCAUGCUGCUGCUGCUGCGGCUUCUGCCGCCGCCUCUUCUGCUGCUGCAGCGAAUAGACGAGCAGUGGGAGUAGGCCUGGCAUCGUCAGAUGUUAGAAGAGGAGCAGCAGGAGGAGGAGCAAGAGUAGGGGCGAGAGCAGGAGCAGGUUCAUAUGGGGUAGGUCUAGCUGCGUCAUUUGACCUUGUUGAGUCAGCAGCAGCCAACCAGUCAGCAACCUCUGUUGCUGCUGCUGCAGCUCAGGUGCCGCAUCUGGAUGCGCUCCUCUCGCUCUUCCAGGGAGCAACGGACGGGGAGAGGAGAGAGCUGCGCAGCAUCUUGUGCCAGUCCAAGUGGUUCCCCCCAACAGAUGGCCCUUCCGACUCAUCUGCUGCUGCUGCUGGUACGGUUGUUGCACAUGCCUUUGGCCUGUCCAGAGGUCUCAAGCAUGUUUCAGAACCUGCCCCGUCGCAUCCAGGUGGCGUUCUCUCAGAGCGCCACAUCAGCAUGCUGCGAGCGCUGCCGAUCUUCGAGUCUUACGGCACCUGGUCGGCCCCUGAAACCCGGUCAGAUGCAGAUAAAAAACAGCAAGGGGGUGGUGCUGGCCUCUCCGCUGGUCUCUCUGCUGGCCUCUCCGCUGGCCUCUCCGCUGGGCGUGUGUUUGUGGAUCUGCUCACAGCUCCCCGCUUCUUUGCCCCGCCAUCCAUCGACGAGUCGCUUCUCGACGCCUCAUUCGUCCGCAUCGACUCCGACAAGGACCACCGAAUCCUGCGCUGCCACCUGGCGGUCUCCCCGAUCUCCCGCACUGCGUUCUACCUCAACCACCUCCUUCCUCGCAUCCGUGCCGCUGCUGCCGUCGCGGCCACCACCGCUACUGCUGCUGCUGCUGCCAAUGCCACUCCUGCUGCUGGUAGUGGUGGCGCCGCUGAAGCAGCAGCAAAAGCAACAGCAGCUGCAGCGGCAGCAAGGGGAGGGGUGAAGGGAUCGGCGGUGGUGCCGUUGAGUGGAGAGGCGGGGGUGGCAGCGAUGGUGGCAGUGGUGAGGGACCUGCCGCGGCUGGCAGAGGAGGACGAGCGGAUAGUGAAGGAGCUCAGCAGGCUGCCUUUCCUGCCCACCCCCUCCGGCCUGCUCAAGGCGCCCUGCAGUCUCUACGACCCACGGGUGUCUGAUCUCACAUCUCUCCUCGACGCUUCUCUCUUCUUCCCAGCACCGCCCUUCUCCUCCCCCGCCCUCCUCCCAACGCUCCUCUCCCUCGGCCUCCGCACCACCAUCGACCGCCGGGCCUUGCUCGCCUCUGCCCGGUCUAUCCAAGAGGCUUGCGGAGUAGUGGGCGAGGGACAGGGUGCAGCAGCAAGGCAGGGUGCGGCAGUAGGAAGGGGUGGUUCUGAUUUUGAUCGGUCGGGUGGUCUUCGUGGUGAGAUCUUGGCUCGAGCCCGUGCCUUGCUGGCGCAUCUGGAUGCGCGCCAGGUGGCGGAAGAUCAGUGGAGGAGCCUUGGCGGAGGGAGGGCAGGGGGCGAGGAGGAGGAGGAGGGUCAGGGUGGGGUUGGGAGUAGGGGCGGUAGUGGUGGUGGUGGUGGGUUUGAUGAUGGCUUUUUGGAAGGUGGUGGUGAUUGGUCAAGAUUGGGUGCACUGGGCGGCUUUGCCGCCCGGGGAUUCAGUGGAGAGGAUGGCGAUGCGGCUGUGGUGGGGAGGAAGAAGGGGAACAAGGGAGAGAGGAGUGCGGGUGCUGGUGGUGGCACUGCUACUAGUACCACUGGCAGCAGCAGCACCAGCAGCAGUGGCGGCGGUGGCAGCAGCAGUAGCAGCAGUGGCGGCCGCAUUGGUGAAGUUGUGGAGGAGGAUAUUCCUGAGGAUGCCUUUUGGGAGGAGCUGAAGGGGAUCUCGUGGUGCCCUGUGCUGCAGAGACCACCGGAUUCCGCCCUUGCUACUCCCGGCAGUGGCGGCGGUGGUAUUGUGGUCACUGGGUCUACCUCCAAUGACCACAGCAGCACCACUGCCACUCGUGGUACCACUGGCAGCACCAGCAACAGCAGAAGUACCGACAACAGGAACAGCAGCAGCAGCAGCGGUGCCAUCCAGCCGCCCUGGAAGGGAAGUCCGUCCGGGUUCAUGCCGCCCUGCGCCGUCCGGCUGCAGGACGACGUGUGGGUGGUGGGCGGCAGCAUGUGCAUUCUGGGCGGCGAGGUGCGGUCGGACAGCCUGGCGCGCAAGCUAGGGUGGCGAGACCCCCCGCCUGUGGAGGCUCUGGUGUCUCAGUUGCUUGCUCUGGCCGCUCUGCAUGGUUGUGCUGCGGCUGAGAGGAGGGGGCGGGAGGAGAGAGGGGAUAGGAGCGGGGAGAGGAGGGAGAAGCGAGGGGUGAGGAGAGGGGAGAGGAGGGGCGGGAGGAGUGAGGGUGAGGUUGAUGGAGAGAGGAGGGACGAGCAUGGAGAGGAAAUGGAAGGAAAAGGAGAGGAGAGAGAGGAGGGAGAGGAGGGUGAGGAGGAGAAGGAGGAGGAGAAUGAGGAGGAAGAGGAGGAUGAAGUGACAGUGCUGGAACGGAUCUUAUCAAAAGAAGUUCCGAGAAUCUAUGCGUAUCUGGAACAGCACAUGGGCUCUCCGUCCUUUUCUGCCGCUCGGACGUCCUUCCAAUCAGUGGCCUGCAUUUGGGUCGGCGACACCUUCAUCGCACCUUCCUCCCUCGCCUUUGACUCGCCCGCCCACUUCCACCCCUACCUCCAUGUCGUGCCGACAGAAGCCGCCCGCUUCCGCACCCUGCUGACGUCACUAGGCGUUAGGGAGACAUUCCAGGCUAUAGUGGAUGCUCUGCCGCCAAGUGGCGAGCCGCCAUUGGCCGGCACGGUCCUGGUGCCCGAGGCUUCAGGGGGGCUGGUGGCGGCUCGGGAGCUGAUUUUCAACGAUGCUGCGUGGCUCGGUAAAGCAACGGUGGACGGGCGGAGUCGCUUUGUGCAUCCCGACGUGCCCCACGCCAUAGCAGAGCGGCUCGGCUCGCGCUCCCUGCGAGGGCUGUCGCUGGACGGCCCCUCUGCUGCCACCUCGCUGCCUUGCCUCCCAGCGGUGGUAAUAUCGGAGCUCCUAGAAGGCUGGGCAGCGGACGCGCACCUCCUCCUCUUCGAUCUGCUGGAGGUGGCGGAUGCAUGUGGUGCCCGCGGGGUGGAAUUCGUGUGGGACCAGCGGCACCACCCUGAGAUCUCCCUGUUGCAGCCCAACCUGGGUCAAUUCCAAGGUCCAUCUCUCACAAUCCUGUUCCACGGGGCCCAGCUCACUUCAGAAGACAUUUGCCACCUGCACACGCCCCCCCCCAUCCGCCUCCGCGACGCCACGUGUCGCUACGGCACUGGUCUGCUCGGCGCAUACCACCUCUCCGACCUCCCCCUCAUAGUCUCAGGAAGCUUCCUCUACGCCUUCGACCCCUCGGGCCAUCAUCUUUUCUCUGGUUCGGCCGGUGGUGCUGCUGCUGGUGGUGGCAGUGGUGGCUUGUCUGCUGCUCGCGGCUCAUCAGGGUCACCUGGUGGAUCGAGGAGGAGAGGAGGAGGGGACGACAUGGCUGCUCCUGUUGCUCGAGCCUUUUCCCUCAAAGGCUCAGGCUCCUCAAGCUUCAUCAAUCGCUUCCCAGACCAGUUCCGGCCCCUCACCUUCGCCCCUUCCUCCUCCUCCUCCUCCUCCUCUCACUCUUCUCACUCCUCUCACUCCUCUCACUCUUCCCACUCCUCUCACACCUCCACCACCGCCACCUCUUUCUGGUACGAAAACACGGUACUGCGCUUGCCCCUUCGCACGCAGCAGCAGGCAGACUCUAGUCCAAUCAGGAGAGGCCACGUGGCAGGGCCGUGGGAUAUUGUUCUGAUGGCGCAGCUGCUGCAGCAGCACGGGGCGGCGUCGCUCGUCUUUUUGAACUCCGUGGAGACGGUGUCGUUCUCUGUGUGGCCAGCCGAUGCUGUCCAACCGGAAGAGUUUUUCCAUGCCCAGGUCCGAGCAGGCAUGGGGUCUCUCAGAGCGCCCUUUCAGGAUCGCAAGGUGCGCAAGCAAGGCUUCCUCUCCAGCCUCUUCGCCCCUGGUGGUGGCAGUAGCAGCAGCAGCGGUAGCAGCAAUAGCAGUCUUAAAGCGUUCACUCUUGACGUUCUCACCAAGUCUCAGUCCCUUGCCCCGCUGCUGGGGAGUAUUGGUGGAGGGGAGGAAGAGGGGAGUGGGGAAGGAGAUGAGAGGGUGGGACAUGGGGAGGGUGAAAGGGAAGGAGAAGGGGAGCAGAGGUUGGAAAAGGGGAAGGGGGGAGAGGAGGUGGGAGGGGAGAGUGCGAAGCUGCAGGAGCAGCAGCAGCAGCAAAAGCAGGAGGAGGAGGAGGAAAGGAGGAGUGGAGGGAGGAUGCGGGUGGUGGGGCAGGGGAGUGGUGCCGGGAAGAAGGCUGCUGGGGUGUCUGACGUGGCGAUUGAUCGUUGGCUUGUGGUGCAGACGUUUGGUGCCGGGAGCUCUCUGGAUAUGGCCCGAAGCAAGAGGUACCUCUCGUUCAACCUCUCACCAGUGGCCGGUGCCGCCACCCGAAUCCUCCGCAACGGCGAAAUCAUCCCCUUCGCCACCACCCACCCCUUUGCCCCACAACAAGAAGCAUUACCACCCCUCUCAACCGUCUCCUCUUCCUCCUCCAACCUCUCCGCCCUCCGCCCGCUCCUCCCGCCCUCCGUUGUUCUCGCGCCGCUGCCCGUGCCUCUCAACCUGCCCUUCCCUGUGGCAAUUUUCGGCCACUUCCUCCUCCUCCGCAACCCCGGAUCCCCUCGCUCCCUCUUCCUCCCUUCCCCCUCUUCCUCUCCCGCGUCCUCCUCCCUCUCCUCCACUCCUUUGCUGCUGUCUGCUGACGUGGCACCGGGCGCCACGUCAGCAGCUGCCACGUCACCGAUGGACGCGCUGAUGCAGGCGUGGAACGAGGAGCUGCUGACAGGUGUCCGCGAGGCGUACAUCGGCCUCCUGCUGGAGAUGCAGAGGAUCAGAAUCGGCGAAUCACGGCUCGUAUCGGGCAUAUCUGGAGUUUCAGGAGUGUCCGCAGCAAUGUCCAGUAGUAUGUCCCAGCAGUCUCAGGGGUUCAGAGGUAGCAACCGGCAGCAUCAGCAGUAUCACCAUCAGCAGCAGCAGCAGUUGAGGGGGGCGUUGUUUCCAGCAGACCAGUUCUACUCCCUCUUCCCACGCUCCUCCGGUCCUGCUCGUACUGCUCUUCCCGCUAUCCCCACUGCUUCCUCUUCCCUGCAUCCCACCUCUUCUCAGCCUGCUUUCCCUGAGAAUGAGCCGGAAAGACAGCCAAUAGGAGCAGCAGGCGCUGCUACAACAAGCGAUGAGGUGGCGCUGCGUGAUUGGAUGGUGCGGCCGAUGUACGUCCGGCUGGCAGAGCUGCCCGUGUGGCAGCUCCACAGUGGAGCAGCCGUGCAAGUCAGCCAAGGAAUGUUCCUCGUCCCGCCCCCGGGCUCUACAACCACCCUCUCUAUAAGCACAGCUUCGACCAGCACUCCUGCCAGCAGCAGCUCCGUUAUAAGCACAUCAAUCACAUCUGCUAAUAGUGGAGCGCCGCCAGAAGCGGUGUGUGAGUUUCUGCGGGCGCACUACCGCGUGUUCAGCGUGCCGUGGGACCUGCUGGGUGAGCUGCAUGCGGCCGGCGUGGCCACUCAGGCACUGACACCUGGCAUGCUGCGGUCGCUGCUGCGCGGACCCAAUGCCACCACGAGCUCUGUUCCUGUGACCACACAGGUCGACCUGCUAGAGUACUGCUGUGCCGACAUCCAACUGCCCGAUCCGGCCUCCUAUCCUGCUCCGCCACCUGGCAGCUCAUCAUCUGCCAGCCAGACUGGCAGCGCUGCCACGUCAGCAGCGUCACGUGGCGCUGCGGGAGCAUUCAGCAUGAUUCCACUGCCCAGAGAGGUGCGGGCUCUCCUGAGGGGCGGAGGAGGGGAAGGGGGAAACAGAGGGGGAGGGGGAGGGGGGGCGGGGGAAAGCAGAGGGUUAGGGGUGGGAGCAGCAGAAGCAUUGCUGCGGAGGCUGGAAGGGGCGAGGAUGGGGGGACUGGGCGGCGCAGCAGCAGCAAGGGGAGGGGGAGGGGGAGCAGGGGGCGGUGGCGGCGGUGGUGGAAGCAGUGGGUUUGGCUCGUGGGGUGGGUAUGCUGGGUACGGUGGCGCUGCUGCUGGUGCUGCUGGUGGUGCUGGUAGUGGUACUAGCACAGCAGGGCAUGGGCAUGGGCAUGGGCAGGGCUAUGGGCAUGGUGGGCAAGGGCAAGGGGAUGGCAUGCGCAGUGAUGCUGAUGCGUUGGCGGAUCUCAUGGCUCAGUUCGGCCGGUCGGUUUUCGAUUUCGGGCAGAAUGUUCUCGACGAGCUUGAUGCUGCCCGCGCAGGUGCGACGGGCAGCGAACAAAUAAACUCGGGAGAAGGAAGGGGAAGAGGGGGAGGAGGGAGAGGAGGAGGUGGGGGAGGAGGGGAGGGAGAGGAGAGGCAUGCACUGACAGAGGAGGAAAGGGAGAGACUUGCAGCAGAGGAAGCUUUCAGGAAGGCAGCAGAAACCAAGGUUGCAGAAAUGAAGGGCGUUCCCAUACCUACUGGUACGGUGUCCGACCCUGCGUUCCGAGCCUUCCAAUCCGAGCCUCAGAGGCACGGUGGGGCCGGCGGGGGUCUGGCUAGGCUCGGGAAAGACCUCCUCAUAGUCGCCACAUGGGACCAGCAGCGGCUGUUGCCGAACCUAGCGCACAGGUUCGUUCACGGAACCUGCCUGGCUCGGCAGCUUCUGAAAGCCCUCUUCCUGCACCCGAGGUUCUGCGAGCUGCUGACGAUGCAGCCAUUCACGUUGCGCCACCUGGCAGACGGGCUGGCUACAGUGUUUUCUCGGCAGCAGAGGGCGGAGGCGGAAGGAGAGAUGCUGAUUGUGUGGGGCGAGGGAGAGGGGGCGGAUGUGUGUGGGGAGGAGGGAGAGCAGGGAGAGAACCAACAGCAGCAGCAGCCACAGCAGCAGCAGCAGCAGCAGGAAACAAAUCGUCCAGUCACUGCCACCACAGCCAUUGCAAGCAGCAGCAGUCUGCAGCAGAGCACCGCUAGGGACUCGCCCUUGGACCCUCUCUCUCCUGCCUGGCUCAGGGCCUUCUGGGCUCUGCUGAAACGCUCCUCCCUUUCUACGGCAACCGCUACCCAGGCACUUGGCAGCAGCAUAGGGCAGCAGGAGUGGGUGGAGAUCUUUGAAUCAUGGCCGUUGAUUCCCGCCGUGACACGUGGCGGCAGUGUACUAGUCAAGGUUGCUUUCCGGGCAGCUGUUUUCGUCCCUCCAGAUGCAGGUGCGGCUCCUGCCGAGCCUCCUGCUGAGCCUCCUGCCGUGCCACCUGCCGAGCCUGUAGUGCCUGUGUCAGAAUUAGGAACUAGUGGGGAAGGUAGUUCAGGGGGAGGUGGCAUUCAGGGCUGGGAAUCUGCUGCAGUGGCAGCUGUAGGGUGGGCUGAUUUUGGAGAUUCAGCUGCUGCUGGUACCUCUGCUGCCUCUGAUGUCUCUUCUCCUGUGGAGGGUUCUGAAGCUGGAGCAGCCAAUGACAGGCUGCCACGUGGCACCACAGCAGAGUCUGAAACCAGAGGGACCACUACUCAGUACCCGCCGAAGCACCUGAGCUCCGAGGUUCGGCGGCUGCUGUGGAGGUUCGACGCGCUGGAACGGGACCACCCGUGGCUGCUCCCGGUCCUGCGGGACAGGCUCGGCAUCCCGAACUUCGACCGGAGGUUCGUCGCUUGCUCCGAAGCACUCCGGUGCUGCGAGGAGGCUCGGAUAGGAGGCUCGGACAACACCCAUCACACCCAGCAGCAGCAGCAGCUGUCUCUGCAGCAGCUGGUGCUGGCUCGGCUGCUAGCAGUUAAAUCAUUUGAUCGGCUUCCUCCCCCUGCUGCUCUCGCUCUAGCUCUCUCUCCUCAGGACUGCGACCACUUAGUCUCGUUCUUCGCCUCUCACGUCCGCUCGCCCUCCUCCUUUCUCCAGUCCCUCGCCAGCACCAUCUCCUCUUCUUCCUCCUCUCCCUCGCCCUACACCCCUCAAGAGCUCGCACUUAUCCGCUCGCUUCCUAUCUUCAAAACCACCCUCGGGAAUUUCACAGCCAUUGACCCUGACUUGCACUGCGUCGCGCCACCUGUCGCGUUCUACCAACCAAAAGAUGCCACGUGUCUGCAGGACAGGGACUCUCCCGGGGAGAAGGCCCUGCUGAGUUGUCUCGGCGUGAGAGUCAUUGACGAGGCGGAUGUUCUCGCGAAAUUUGCGCUGCCCGGAUUUGACGGGCAGGGCGAGGAGGAGAGGGAGAGGGUGCUGCAAUACGUUGUGCAGCACUGGCAGCAGCUGAAGCAGAAGCCAGCCGUUGUGGACGUGCUGAAAGAGACAAAGUUUGUGAUACCAGCGCCGCCCGCCGCCGAUGCUGCCUCUCUCUUCCCUCCUCCUGAUUCCUUCCCUGAAAUCGCUCUCUCUGUUGCCGCUGCCACCACAGCACCCUCCACCACCUCCUCCUCCCCCUACCCUUCCCACCCUCUCGACUCUUUCCCCUCUGCUUCAAUUUCUUCUGCCCGAGUGCGCCCGUGCGAUCUCCUCGACCCAGCCAACGACCUCCUCCGGCAAGUUUUCGUGCACUGCCCAGAAAGGUUCCCGGGCGGGCAGUUUGAAACUUCGCGGUGGCUGCCCGUGCUGCGGGACUGCGGCCUCCAAUCCGCCUUCACUCCCGACCUCUUCCUCCAAUGCGCUUCCGCCGUGGAAGCGCGGUACAUCUCCUUCCUGGAAACUUCCUCUGCUGCUGCAGCAGCAGCUGCAAGUACUGCUGGUGGCACCGCCGCUUCAGCUGCUGCUGUUGGCACUCCAUCGGAUUCGUUUCUGCUGUUUGGAGAAGAGGACCCUUCUCAGGAGAGCGAGACGGGGGACUUUGAGAAUGUGGAUUUGUUUUCGGGAGGCCGCACCACCGGUGGCAGCAGUGGUGGUCUGUCGACUGCUGCUGGAGCAGCAAGAGGAGGAGGGGGGGUGGUGGGAGCGCGGCCAGUGGUGGGGGUGGAGGAGGAGCUGUGGGUGGUGGCAGGGCGGCUGACAGAGGCGCUGCUUGCGAACGUGGCCGUGGUGUUUGGGAGCAGUGCCAUGGAGUCGCUGGGGCAGAUCAGGUUCAUCCCAGCGGAGCGCGGAAUACCGACUGGCGGGGCAGCAGUGGAUCGGCGGUGCCUCGCCAGCUACGCUGCCUGCGUGGCGCCCUCUGAUUGGCCGCUCGCGUGGACGGCGGUGCCUGUGCUGGCGAGGGAAGCCUUUGUCCCGCCGCAGUUCACGUGGCUCAAGCUGGGCCUCAAAUCACCGCCGCCUCUCAGCCUUGUUCUCACACACCUCAAGGUAUUGGGUCGAGGGGGGGGAGAGGAGACGCUUGCCCGUUGGCCAAAUGUGGUGGGAGGCAAGUCAGUGGAAGAAGCCUUCGAGCAAAUCUUCAAGUUCCUCGCCUCCCAUUGGUCCUCCCUCGACCCGCCUGACAUCCGCGCCUUAAAGCCCGUCUCCCUUGUCCCCGUCGCCAACGGCACGCGCCUCGUCCCAGCCUCGGCGCUCUUUGCCAGGCUCGGCCCGGACCUCGCGCCGUACCUGUUCGAGCUGCCUCGGCGGUUCCUGCCAUUCUCCCAGCUACUGGUGGACCUUGGUAUGCACGAUUCGCCUUCUCCCUCUGCCCUCUCCUCCUUCCUCUCUGCCUUGCACCGCUCUUCUGGAGGGCAGAGGCUCAACCCGAACGAGCUACGAGCUGUGCUGAGGAUCCUAAGACUCGUGUGUGAGGGAGAGGAGGAGAAGGGAGGAGGUUCGGGCAGAGGAGGAGGAGAAGCAGGAGGAGGAGGGGUGGCAGGAGCAUUCUCUUCUCUUGCUUCCUCACCCUCGCCUCUGCUUGCUCACGCGGUGGUUCCAGAUGAUUCAUGCCGGCUAGUACCGGCCCAUUCCUGUGUGGUCGUAGACCCAGCGGCUGUGUUCCUAGCCAAUGAAAUCGACCCGCGCUGCUUGCGCCUCGUCCAUCCGCUCCUGCCGCCGAGCCACGCGGCCAGGCUCGGCAUCCCGAGCCUGUCGCAGGUGAUCGAGCAGGAGCUGGACCCGAACCUGCCAUUGCAGCAGGUAGGCUCGGUGGGGGGUGUGUCUCUUAGGAGUGUCGGGGAGAGGAUCAGUAGCAGGGAGUUUGCUGCUGCUUCGUGUUCAUCGCCCCUCUCCUCUUCCUCCUCAUCCUCCGCCGCCUCCUCCUCCUCUCCUUUCUCUUUUCGCACGAGAGAUGUCGCUCCUCCCUCCUCCCACGCCCCACCAUCCUUCUCCCCCAUCCAAUCACGCGAUGACACGUGGCGGGCGCUCACGCGUGCAGCGCAGGGCCUGCGGUUUGUGUCGGCCCUCCACACGCGAUUUGUGAUACUGCCGUCCCGUAAGGUGGUGCCACCAUCUGCUACAGUAGCGUCUCUCCCGCACGUCCUAUCUGCCGCCCUCAGCCAAUUCCUGGGCUCUCCCGUAUGCUUGCCUUUUGCCGCCCUGCUUGACUGUCCACCGAGCCUCCAACCGGGCCUCCGCCGAGCCUUGGCGCUCGGUUCUCCAGCAGCCCUGGUUUCUGCCACCUCUGGCAGCUCUGGAUCAGGUUCGGAAGCGGAAGGCGAAGAGGAGGGGCGUUUGGGUGCAGAACUAGCCUCGGAAGGGCAGGCUCGGAUGCCAAGCCUGUGGCAGCAGCGGGUGGCGGCGGAAAGGGGAGGCAUGCCUGGGGAGGUUGUAGCAGCUGCUGACGUGGCACUGCUACAGUGCCACCCACUGAGGCCGUUCCACGCAGGGGAGGUUGUAGCGUGGAGAGAGGAGAGAGGGGGAGGAGGCGGGGGGUUGCUAGCAGGCAAAUGGUUUGGGCAGGGGCAGGGGGCAGGAGGAGGAGGGGGAAGCGGUACAGCAGCAGGGAGCACACUUGAUCCUGCCUCAUCCUCGCCCGCAGCACCCGCAUCCACGCUGCGCUAUGGCCGCGUGGUGGCGGACGUGAGGGCGACAGCAGGCCAGGCGCUGUGCCGCGUGCAGGUGGAGACCUUCCCCAACGAGAUGCGCCUGCUGCUCUCCUCCUCCAUCCUCUCCUUCAAAUCCUCCACCUCCUCUUCGGCUUCGGCUGCUGCAGCUGCGGCAACAGCAGCACCAGGAGAAGAGAUUGCUCCUCCCUCUGCUGCUGCUGCCGCCUCCCCGGGCUCGUCGGCUCUUCCUCCUGCUUCUCCCGGUUUGGACGCUGCCAGCUCAGCAGCGGGGGCUGUGCCAGCUGGUGCCACGUCAGCGCCAUCGGUGGUCCCGCCUGGCGAGGUGGUGCGGGCCGUGAACGACAUGCUGGCGGCGGCGGGGAUCCCACUGGGCGGCGGACAGCAACGGCUGCUGACUCAGCUGCUGAUGAUGCAGGAACAGGUGGCGGCGGUGGAGGCCACGCUGGCACAUGAACAGGCACGAGCGGAGCAGGCAGAGAAGGAAGCAGAGACAGCCAAGGCGGCGUGGACGUGCCGCAUCUGCCUGGCUGCUGACGUCAGCGCGGUGCUGGUGCCAUGCGGGCACGUGCUGUGCGCCAGCUGUAUCGCUAGCGUGCACCGCUGCCCCUUCUGCCGCUCCCACGUGGCGCAGACAGUGCGCCUUUUCAGGCCGUAG